CCGGAUAUUACCGGAUUUUUGGUAAGCCGCCAGCUUCCCAGCCGGUCCAGGGCGUAUCGCUCGGUAAUCCGUAUCACCGGCUUGUGAGUCGCUGGGCUCAAAGGCGGUGGGACAAAUUUUUUGUCGGGGGCACUCUUAUCAAAAUUUUGGACUCCGCUUUGCGCUCAGUCUACAACGCAGUUGUUCAGAUUCAGUCAUGGGUAAAAAGAGAAAGGCCGGCGGUCGACCAGCGGCCAACAAGACUCCUGAGGAAGAGAACUACAAGUUCGACGUUGAAGAGCGAUUCGACGAUUCCGCAGAUGAGUUCCAGACCGGCCGCGACCAGGUUCUGCUGGAGGAAGCGCCAGAGGCGAAGAGACGGCGGAAGCUGGCUGAGGAAGAAGAGGCACUACAACCAUCCGAUGAGGAAAUCCUGGGUUACGAGUCGUUUGACGAAGAGCUGGAUGAAGACGACGAUAUGGACGAUGAAGACGAUCUAGAUCAAUUCCAAUCUAAGAAGAAGCGUGGUGCUAGUCCGGGGUCUGGCGACGAAGACGAGGAGGGCAUUGCCGCCUGGGGCUCUUCUAGGAAAGACUUUUACAAUGCCGACCAAAUCGAAACUGAAGCUGACGCCCUGGAAGAAGAGGAGGAAGCUAAGCGACUGCAGCAGAAACACUUACAGGAAAUCAACGAAGAGGAUUUCGGGUUCGAUGAGGAGGAAUGGGCUGAGUCCGGCAAAGGCCCAGAGGAAGCCAAGGCCGAAGCUGGGGAGGUAACUGAGGUUUUGCCGCAGCUGGAAAUUACAGACGACAUGGGCACCGAGGAGAAACUCAAGAUUCUCAAAUCAAGAUACCCCGAGUUUGAGCCCUUGGCAAAAGACUUUGUCGACCUGCAGCCCACCCACCAAGCGCUGGCGGAGGCCGCAAAAGCUGCCAAACAGGACGAUGUCGCGGACCACGCACCCGUCACCGUCGUCAAAUACCGCGCUCUGUCCGCUUAUCUUGGUGCAAUUAGCAUGUACUUCAUGCUCCUCACAUCGGCCGGCGGAUCUUCAGACGACAGUACUACAGUCUCACCAGCUCAACUACGAUCGCACCCAGUCAUGACUUCGCUCGUAAAUUUCCGAAAGCUUUGGGAUACAGUCAAGGAUAUUACGCCUGUUGAAGUGAAACCCAGGAAAGAUAUCUCCGAGAUUGAAAGCGACAUGGAAAUGGACACGCCAGAAGUCAUCACAACCGAAAGCAAGAAGACCAAGGCGACAAAGACGGACAAGAAAGAGAGGAAGCCCACAAGGGCAGAACGUGCCGCAGAAGCAGCACGAGCCGAAGCCGAAGCCCGACGAGCAAAGAGACUUGAAGAGACAGAGGCCAACCUUGCAGGCCUAUCGAAUCUUGUCACAGCGCCCGGCCGGAAACGAGUAGUCCAGAAGGCCAAGGGCCCAUCGAAGGACGCUGACGACUCCGACUUUGGUGACGAGGACGCUCUUACUACCAAGGAAGCCGAAGAGAAAGCUAAACAGAAACGCUCUCUCCGCUUCUAUACAUCACAAAUCGCACAGAAAUCGAACAAGCGCAGCGCAGCCGGCCGCGACGCUGGUGGUGAUGCCGAUAUUCCUUACCGUGAGCGCUUGAGGGACCGCCAGGCUCGCUUGAAUGCGGAAGCCGAACGACGUGGUAAACAGAAGCCACAGGGUGCAGAAGAACUCGGCGGCGACAGCGACGAGGAGGACCACCGGGUCAGAAAGGAGCUCCGUGGCAACGACGCCUCCGGCUCAGACGACGACGAUUACUAUGACAUGGUUGCGGCGCGCACCAACAAGCGCAAGGGCGAUAAGAAGGAGGCUUAUGAGGCCGCUGCUCGCGAAGGCGGACGCGUUGAGAUCCAGGAGGAAAUCGGACCUGACGGGAAACGUGCCAUCACCUACCAGAUCGAGAAGAACAGGGGUCUUGCGCCUAAGCGUAACAAGCUCAACCGCAACCCUCGUGUCAAGAAGAGGAUGCGGUUCGAGGCUAAGAAGAAGAAGCUCAGCAGUGUUCGCCAGGUCUACAAGGGUGGCGAGGGUGCUGGUGGCUAUGGUGGUGAACUUACUGGUAUCAAGAAGAACCUGGUCAAGAGUGUCAAGCUCUAAGCUUCUCCUCUCUUUUUUGGGUGUCUUCAUUUUCUGCUCACUAGGAUACAUCGUGGCGUUUGAGUAGUGUGGUUAAAAGCCUGAUUCGAGUGUAUAUAGAACUGUUUAUGAUACAACCUUGCGCCUAUUUGGACAAUUUUGUCAUAUCACUACACUUACUUCGGUAAAUCUCCUACCCGAGACGAGUGAGAACAAAGCACAAUUAAAACAGAAAGAGAUAAGAUUUCAACUGCAGUAAAACAGGUGACAUCCGCCAGCUGCUCACCUGCUCCAUAGCGGACCAAGAAUAUAUAAUUUGUCCCUGCAACAACCACCUCAAGUCACAAGCAACCCUUCCAGCAUCCCCCUAAUAUCACCCUCACAACCAGGAGAAAAAUCUAUACUGAGAAAAUUUCUAGCCAAUGCAUCCUGGAAUUGAGUUUUCAGUCAAACUUUUAAUGUGACCCAAGAAAAAUGAAGACGUCCUUACAGCUUCUUGCAACGCCUGCAUCUCCUCUUCAGAAAGCUCUGCACAAGCCGCGAUCAAGUCCUCGCCACGCACAGCAAG